AAAAACAAAAUAUAAAAAAUAAAUAAAUAAAAAAAAAAAAAAAAAGAAGAAGAAAAAAAAGGAACCUUUUGAGAGAGAGUAUCUUUUUUUAGCACGCUUUGCUUCCUCGUCUGAUUAAUCCCUCCCUCCCUCCCUCCAUUUCUUCUUUUCAUUUGUUGCGUGAAUAAUCCUCUAAAUACCCUUCUUCUUCAGAAUCUCUUCUUUCUAUUUCUCAUUUUCUCCUUCUUCUUCUAGUUUCUUUUUAAGCUUUUAAUACCAAUUUUUCUCCUCAACCCAUCCAUCCAUCCAAUCCUAUCUCCCUUUCUUUCUUCUCUCUGGUUUAUGCUUUCCAAACCCUUUUGUUUACUUAUUUCUUCAAUACCCCCUUUUUGUUUCUUUCCCCUUUUGAUCGUUUUUGUGUCACCUUGCGAUUUGGGUUUUGUUUCUUUUGAUCUCUUCUUCCUUAAGAUUUUCGCAUUACUACCUCUGUUUCUUGUUCAAACUCUAUUCUCUCCUUUUUCAACUCAGUUUCUUUCCUAAUUCCUCGAGAGAUAUCAUUUUUAAUCGUUUGUUUCAUUUGGGUUUUCUCUAAAGCUUUCAAUGGAGAUGAAUGGGUGUUCUGAGAAAGAUGAGGAUUACCCUCAGCUGUUGGAUUUGAUCCCCAAAGACCGGCAAUGGCUUACUACCGGAGAUGUCGCCGGAAAAACGAACACCUCCGAUGACAAGAAGCUUGAACUGAGGCUUGGUUUACCCGGAGAAGGUGAUUGGUCUGGUAAAGGAAGGGGUGAUUCUGUUCCUUCUUUUGGGUAUUUUCCCGUUUCUCGAAAAUUUUCUCCCUCUGAGAAUCCUUGGCCUCCGUCUCCUAAUUUCCUUGGAAAGCUUCAACCCACUAAAAUUUCAGGCUUUUGUCUGUCAGCAAUGGGAAAAGAAGGAGUGUCACAGCCCUGUUGCACUAAAAUGGGAGAUCUACAAAAUGCUGAAGCUAAACCAUUUCCUUCCUCUGUAAACAUAGCUGUUUCUAACAGUUCUCAAAAAAGGACUGCACCUGCCCCAGUUGUGGGAUGGCCACCAAUUCGUUCGUCGAGAAGAAAUCUUGCUAGCAGCAGCUUCUCGAAGCCUGCGUCGGAGUCCGCAGAUGCAUCCCCAAGCAAACUCCCUGGACCGGGGGAAAAACCGGUUGAUGUUGGUGGAAAGGGUCUGUUUGUGAAGAUCAAUAUGGAUGGAGUUCCUAUUGGUAGAAAAAUAGAUCUCAAUGCUUAUGACAGCUAUGAAAAACUUUCUUCUGGUGUUGAUGAACUUUUCAGAGGCUUACUUGCAGCUCAAAGAGAUUCCUCAGGUGGUGGCGUUUUGAACAAGCAAGAAGAAGAGAAACCGAUCACGGGUUUGCUAGAUGGAAGCGGGGAAUAUACUCUUGUUUAUGAGGAUAACGAAGGAGACAGAGUUCUUGUUGGCGAUGUCCCUUGGCAAAUGUUUGUUUCGACCGUGAAGAGGCUGCGUGUGCUCAAGAGCUCUGAAUUACCCUCCUUGAGUCUUGGCUGCUCGAAGUCACAGAAGAUGGUGCACGACCCUUCGACUAAGUGAAGGAAGAGCUUUUUAAAUCUGAAGUUUGAGAAUAGACAUUUGAAUGUUACCUUCUAUAAUUUGGCAUCUAAUAUUAUUAUGAGGUUGAAGAAAUUGGAGAGAAAAAUCAUCUCACUAGUAGUAGCAUGCUUAAUCAUCCAUCCCCAUAGAGUUUAAUGGGUUAUGCUUUUGGUUUUGUAAUUUCUGUAAGUUCUUGUGAAAUCAAUCUGUCAUCUUUUUCCUUCUGUAGAAAGCCUGAGUUAACCAAGUUGUUUUUGCAUUGUAACACCAAACAAGUGAGUGAUUUGGAGUUUUAAUAUAAAUUCCAGUUUAAUCGGAGAA